CAAUCAAUAUCGCAACAAUCAAUAUCACAACAAUUAUUGCCACAGCAGUCAUCACAACAAUCAUUAUCACUACAACAGCCAAAACAACCAAUUUCGCGACCACCAUCUCCACAAUCACUAGAACAAAUACCAUCACAACAGCAGUUGUCGCAACCUAUGAUUCCAACGCAAGCUCCUUCUCAAGCACGUGCACAUUCUGCGUCGUAUCAACCGCAACUACCUCAGUCGCAAAUACCACAGCAGCAAGAACCGCAACUACUACCUCAUCAGCUCCUUUGGUAUCUGGCUGAACAUUACUUAUCCAAAGCAGCGUCCUUGCCCACUGCUUCCUUAGCAAACUUUCCAAAGUUAUCACCUCAGCAUCAAAAGCAUAUUCUAGCCGCAAUUAAAUGCUUGGAAGCCGUCAUCACGAGUAUUACUAGUGGGAGCACGUAUAUGCCCCUUGUCGAGCUGAAGACGCGUUUCAGGUUGAGUCAAAUUCUAUUCUGGUUUACUGACAACAUCCGAGAAGCAGAAAGUCAUUUGCAAAAGGCUAUUUUGGUCGCACAGAAGCUAGAUAACGCUACCGAAAUCAGAUUUAAAAUGAUUGAUCUUCAAUGCAAUAUCCUCAAAAGUACACAUAAUUUAAAGGCGGCGCGAAAUCUCAUGAAAUCCAGCGUAGUGGAAGCAAUGGA